AUGGCUGCGGCGGGUCUCGGGAGCUCCGGAGCUGGGGCCGAGCGGCCGGCCGGGCCUUAUAUAGGAGGCGGCCGGCGGGGGCCCGAGCCAGGCGCUUCCCCGAAUCCGGCGACCCUUCCGGGGCCCUGGGGUGGCUUCCUCCACCGGACAAAAGGGACCUUCUUCCCCCGGGCCAACAGGAAGGACCCUGCGUCCCGGGGCCAGUUCCUGGACUACACGGUGCGCGGCCUCCUGGCAAAGCCACUGAUGCCUUCUGUGAGGACGGCGGCUGCUGGAGGAGCCGGCCUUCGAGAGACGCUGCAUCGAAUCCUGGCCCUGAUCCAAGGCUCCCAUCAGGAGGCCGUGGUGAUGUUCUCCAGCCUCGACUUGCAGACCCAGGAGGCCUGGGAGAUGGCCGUGAGGGGCCUGAUCCGGCCCAUGAGCCCGUCCCCGAUGCUGGUCACCGGCAUCCGCUGCCUCCACUUUGCGCCUCCAGAAUUCCUGGGGGAAGGAGGGACUGUGCAGCGCGUGCACGAGACGCAGAAGCAGCUGCGGAGGCUGGAGCAUGAGGUUGGCCUGGAGCUGAAGAGCAGCGCCGUGUGCACCCAGGGGCGGUGCACACGCGAUGGCUUCUUCACGCCGGACGACGCCUUGCAGAGGACGCAGCGGGACGGGCACGGCAUCCAGGAUGUCAUCCGGGCUGCAGCCCCCCGGGUGGCAGCAGGGCUGGAGAAGAGCUUGAAGCCGGGGCUGGCUGCCCAGCGGCUCCCCAGGCCAGGCCAGCCCCGGGGCUCUGAGAGGACCAGCUCAGCCCCGGGCGGGACAGCUCUCCCAGGCCAGGCCGGGCCGGGUGACUGUGCAGGACAGCAGGGGAAGCGUUCCUGCUCGGGGCGUAAAACUAAAGCAGAAAGACUGACGGCUUGA